AAAACGGAUUUACAAGAACAGAAAUUAAUAAUUUUGCGGCAGUAUCAAUCAAUGAUCAAGUUGGAAUGGAUGCACCUUGAAGGAUGCGGCAGUGGCUCGACUUGUGCGCAUGUCGUGCAAUCUACCACCAGGGGUUACGCUCCUACCUCCUGGACGAAAUAAACUUGCGUUUUACGCGUCGAAAGUACACUGGUCCACGAAGAAAAAACACAGAAAAAAAAUCCGAAUUUCGUGUUACUGUGUAAUUUCGAGCAUACUUAACCAAGAGGGAUAAUAUUUCUUCUUCAAGAUCCUUCGACUUCGUAUGAUACCAUUUCUCUCGACAAUCAAAUCUUUCGCUUUCAGCCAAGCGAGAAACAGUGAAAGUUAUUGAUUCUCAUUGUGAGCUACGUUUUAGUAAUAUUCUGUGCUCCUUUUUCUGCCAGUUUCAGGAAGAAUAUUUCCAAGUUUUAUUAUAAAUUAAACAAAAUGAAAGUGGGACUGUUAAAAAACUUUUUACACUAUUUCAACUUGAAACAAGGCACAGUGUUAAUAGCUGUGUUUCAAUUGUUUACAUCAGGCUUCAGUAUGAUAUUUUUCGUGCUCGCACUGGCACAUGCAAUGGGAAUUCAAGAAAUGGUGGUAAGAGAUACAGAAGAUGCUCUGGAGAGAGAAGCUUUAGAAGACAUAUCCUCUAACCACCUUAAUACUAGGAAAAUGGAUAUGGCUCAUCACAAUGCAACUGGUGCUUGUAAAAUUAUAGCCACUCAGCCAAUCCUGCGAAUAGCAGAUUCUGUCGAAUUCCUGUUAGAAGAAACGGUUUACUCGAUGUAUUGCGGACUUGUCAUCACGGUGAUACAUUUUAUAUCCACUAUAUUGCUUCUGUACGGUGCGCUAACGAAUAAUCGUCACUUCAUGGCGCCUUGGAUGAUGGUCAUGAUGACUAUAAUAUCAGCGUUGACAAUUUCCUUGUUCCUGGUUGAACAAGACUGCCCCUUUAUCGCUACCCUUGGUGGUAAAGCAGAUAUUUGUGAACGUACGUAGAUAUUUUUUAAAUAAUUCUUUUAUAUCACGUAUGCUUGAUAAACUUCAUUAUUUCAGGUAUGAUCGUUCUGUUUCUCGUAAUUACCAGCUCAUACGUGUGGUUUGUCGUGUACAGCACUUACAAGAGUCUCGAGACGAAGAAAGGAUUAACUCACAUUCUUCACGGCGUAAAGAAAAAGCCUGUAGUUCC